AUGUCUUUGGUUGAUAAGGAGAUAGCAAGCGUUGGUGGCAGUGGUGGAGGCUCUGUGGGCGAUGAUGGUGACGACGAUGAUGAUGAAGAAGGUGGUGGGUCCCCUGGUAGAUGCAAAUGCGGUGAUGAGCAUACAAAGAAGCAGAGAGGGUUUAGGGGUAGUGGGUUGUCAAGAAAUUUUGGAAAGGCCAAGCAGGUGGUCCUGCAUCCCUUCACAAGAUCCAAGAAGCAAUUACCCAGAAAAAACAAGACGAGGGCUUCUUCUGCACCUUCUUGUUCUGUGUCUUCUUGUUCUUUUUCUUCAGGUAAGAGGUUUGGAGCUGGUGUUAAUGGCGGUGGCAAUAAAGGUUGUUACUUUUGUUUCACGCAACCCUCUACUCCGGGUUCACCAAUUGGGUCUCAGACCAGCGACCCAGAGCACCCGAAUUUCACUUUUGGGAUGUUGAGUGCUUUUAUGGAGAAGAAUGAUUUCUUUUCUAAAGAGUGCAAUCCCCACUUGGAUAUUGAUGUCUCCCCAAAUACUACCGAUUGA